CCCAAUGUCCCUGACCCCGCUGUCCCCAUAUCCCCGUGUCCCCCCUGUCCCGUCCCCGCUGUCCCCAAUGUCCCCUCUCCACCCGGCUGCCCGCAGGGUCCCGAGCCCACCCUGGGCUGGCCUUGCCUCGGGGAUGUCACCUGCUGUCCCCAAGGCGCUGGCGGGACCCGCCUGUGUCGCCGGGGGUGACCCCGGCCGUGUCCCCCCCCUCCCCCUCAGUGUCACCCGGCUGGGGACAAACUCGUGCCACCUCAGCAGCCGGGUGGCCGCAGCGCCCAGAGCCUUCCCCCAUUGUGUCCCCAACAAUGGCAGUGCCACGUGCCAGGGGCCCUGUCCCCUCCCGGGGGACGGAGCGGGGACACGGGGACAGCACGACACGGGGACAGGUGGCCAUGGGGCAGCGGCGCAGCGGCUGCUGAAGGCGGGAUGCCGGCGGCCGGGGGGCUGCUGUGCGGGGCCAGUGGCCUGGCCCUGCUGGUGGCCGCCACCGCCACCCAUUUCUGGGUGCAGCGCCGAGCGCCGGGGGGCACGGCCAGCCUGGGGCUGUGGCACGGCUGCCUCGGGGGACAGUGCCACCCCCACGCCACCACCCCAGGGCUGCUGGCGCUGCUGGGGCUCGGGGUGUACUCGGGGGGGACCCUGACCCUGCUGGGGCCGCUGCGCGGCUCCUGGAGCUUCUCCUGGUCCUACAUCCUGGGCUGGGUGGCCGUGGUGCUGCUGGGCUCCGCAGGGCUUUUCCACCUCUGUGCCGCUUCCAAGGAUCCGUCCCGGGAGAGCUCCGAAAUUGGGGGGUCCUGAGGGGUCCUGGGUGCCCUGGGGGGGGUCCCCACCCCAAUUUGGGGUGCCGCGGGUGUGGUCACUGCUGUGCUGAGCUGUGUCCGGCCUCUGCUGAUCCCCUCCCCCCUCCCCAAUUCCCGUUUUUUUCCCCCUUUUCCCAAAUUUUGCUGUGCCAAUAAAUGACACCCCCCCCCCCCCCGGGGUUUCCCUGUGGGAUCC